AUGACGACCAAGGCACAGACAUUGACAGACUUCUCUGAGCUGAAUGAGACAUUGCAAAAUGUGACUGGUAUCCGUACCGAGCAGUCCGGACCAUAUCAAGAUCCUGAUUUCAGUUUGACCCACUUGAACUACUUCAAGGACGCAGAUGCUGCACCGCCAGACCAACUCAAUAGCACUCUAUCAGAGCACGAACUCAGGAUAGCACGCCGGAACGAUGACUCCCCGAAUGUUGCAAGGACACCGGUGCAGAUCCGCAACAUCCAAGGAUCGACAUCUGAGCACAAUAUUGCUGAACAUGGUUUCAAGAUUGGUCAUUUGUCCUCGCAAAUGAAGAACUGGCAAGAUGACGAGGAGCUGAAACGAGUCUUCUUUUCGGAGGUCGACGAUUUGUUGAAGAGAGAGACUGGCGCAAAAUGGACGUUUCAGUACGAACAUCACGUCCGCACAGCUACUCUAGAAGACGCGCUCGCCAAAGAUAGCACAGGCGCUGUUGACAUCAACGGUCCAGUGCGUCGGGUGCACAUCGAUGAAGCUCCCAAGAGCGGUCUGAACGAGUACAAACAUCACAUCAAGCCUGACGACCCUGGCAACGAGCAUCUACGUGGCAGGCAUGUUGCCAUCUUCAAUAUAUGGAAACCCAUCAAGACGGUUCAGAGAGAUCCACUAUGCCUAUGCGACGCUCGUAGUAUUCAAGAUGAAGAUUUGCAGAGCGGAAAGGUUCAAGUGCCGAUUGUUGGCGAGAUUGAGAACUUCGCAAUUCGACCGCCCAGAGAUCCUGGGACACAUAAAUUUGUCUACGUCCGAGAGCAGCGACCUGACCAGGCUUUGAUCUUUCGGAUCAUGGACACCAGGAUCGAUGAGAGUGCAGCGAAGAGGAGCUGUGGUGUAGCACACACCAGCUUUGUCGACCCUCGAACGGAGCAUGCGCCUCCAAGAGAAAGCGUCGAAGUCCGAAGCUUUUGCGUCUUCUAG